AUGCCUUCACCAUCCUUCGCCAAGAGCCGGGGUAGGGAUAAGCUCCGCGUUGCCCUCGCCAGCUUGGAGUAUAAGAUGCUCAACAGGUCGGACAGAAUGGACCUCAUCACAGGUCGGAUCACUUCGCCGAGAGUCCCUCCGCACCGCAGAGGAAUCACGCCGCAGAAGGGAUGCCUGCGCGAGACGUCCCCUUGGAACCAAGAUGUCACCGCGGACUCCAAAGCGAUAUCCUUUGCCGACGACGUGGCGAGGUGCGUCAUCAGCGGCCGGGCCCUUCCACACACCACUGGGGACGGCCGUGUGUGGAAAAAUGGCCCGCGGCCCAGGGAGAAACAUGGACAUGGAAAAAAGAAGGACGUCACGGAGGCGAUGGACGGAACGAGCCCAGACGAGAAGCGCGAGGUCAAGGACGGGAAGGCGAAGGAGGACGAGCCUGACGAGGAGGAAGAACGGGACCGCGAGAUCGAGCGGCAAUUACGGCAGGCAAACUUACAGAGGCGUCUGCAUAACAGAGCAAGUGUGCGCCGGAAGGCCCGGCUUCGAGAGCUGAGGUCUACGGGGAAUGAGCAGACAUGA